GGCGCUGGAGCAACAUCUACAAGCUCCCCUACAGCUGGAUCGGGACCGGCCACGUGGUCUUCCAGGGCUGCUUCUACUACAACCGGGCCUUCACCCGGAACCUCAUCAAGUACGACCUGCGCCAGCGCUUCGUGGCCGCCUGGUCCUUCCUGGAUGACGUGGUCUACGAGGACGCCACGCCCUGGAAGUGGCGAGGCCACUCCGACAUCGACUUGGCCGUGGACGAGAGCGGGCUGUGGGUCACCUACCCGGCCGCGGGCGAUGGCUACUCCCCGCAGGAGGUCCUCGUGGUCAGCAAGCUGGACCCCGCCGACCUCUCCACGCAGAAGGAGACCACCUGGAAGACCAGCCUACGGCGCCACGCCUACGGCAACUGCUUCAUAGUCUGCGGCAUCCUUUACGCCGUGGACGAGGGCCGCGCCAGGGAAGGCCGAGUGAUCUACGCCUACGACACUCACACGGCCACGGAAGCCCGCCCCGGGCUGCCCUUCCAGAACGGGUUCGCCUUCACCACCCAGGUGGACUACAACCCGAAGGAGAAAGUCCUGUACGGCUGGGAUAACGGCCAUCAAGUCACCUACAGGCUGCAGUUCGUGGCCUGA